AUGAGCACGGGCGGACGGCAGUUCACCGAGGUCCACACGGACGACGCGAAAUACUUCGUGAUCACGAGCAACACGAAGGAGAACGUGGUCAAGUCGCUGAAGCACAGCCUCUGGGCCACGCAGCGCAAGAACGAGCAGCGCCUCGAUGAGGCCUUCCGAACCGCCUCCGCGGUGGUGCUGGUCUUCUCGGUGAACCGCACCGACGCCUUCCAGGGCUACGCCUGCAUGCGCAGCCCGGUCGGGAAGCCGCGCGUCCGGAGCGCGGACCCCUUCAAUGGCUUCGGCAGGCUCUUCGACGUGGAGUGGCUCAGGCUGCACGACCUCCCGUUCGGGGAGGUCGACAACCUGCGGAACCCCCUGAACGGCGAUAGGCGGAAGCCUGACCUUCUAGCGGCGGGGAGCCCGGCGCGGAUCUCAAGACAUCCGCGCGGACCGCCGAGAAGCCACGGUCCUGCAGCUCUGCUGCUCCUCCACGGAGGCCUCGGGACCCGGGCCGCUCCGUCCAGGCCGGUGACCUUCUCGCGCGACGGGCAGGAGCUCGCGAACGACGUCGGGCGAAGGCUCUGCGGCCUCAUCGACAGGCACGUCACCGAUCCGGAUAGCUUCCCCAAG